UCAACCUCCUCCUCCUUCUCUUUCUCUCUCUCUUUCUCUAUUGAUGGCCAUGGCAACCCAAGCUUCUCUCUUCACCCCAACUCUCUCCACCCCAAAAUCAGGCGACUGUGCGGUCGCUCCAUGGAAACAAUCAUCACUCAUCUCAUUCACCACACCCAAAACGCUCAAAUUCCCGAUGGCGCCGUCACGAACGACCGUUAAGGCCGCGGCGGAGGAAGCAGCCACAAAAGAGGCGCCAGUGGGGUUCACAACACCUGAAUUGGACCCAACCACCCCUUCACCAAUUUUUGGUGGCAGCACUGGUGGGCUACUAAGAAAGGCCCAAGUUGAAGAAUUUUAUGUGAUCACUUGGGAAUCCCCCAAGGAACAAAUAUUUGAAAUGCCCACUGGUGGUGCAGCCAUAAUGAGACAAGGUCCUAACCUGCUCAAACUGGCUAGAAAAGAACAGUGCUUGGCACUUGGUACUAGACUAAGGUCCAAGUACAAGAUUACGUACCAAUUUUAUAGGGUCUUCCCUAAUGGGGAGGUCCAAUACUUGCAUCCCAAGGAUGGGGUGUACCCCGAGAAGGUGAACCCUGGCCGUCAAGGGGUCAGGUUGAAUCUGAGAUCCAUUGGCAAGAAUGUGAACCCGAUUGAGGUCAAGUUCAGUGGCAAGCAAGUGUAUGACGUUUGA